CCGCAGGCCGCAGCCCAGUCGCCGAGCCAUUGAUCCGGUCUCCCGUAGGAGUCUGACCCGGUGUCGUCGCUGCCGCCGGACCCCUACGCUCUCGCAGUAUACCAGGAUGUCCGAGAUGUGCCAAGCCCUCGUCUCGGCGCUGUCGACGUAGUGCCAGCCGCGCCGCGUCGAUGCGGGCUGCUGCCACGAAGCGUCGUCAUUCGCCACGGCCGACAACAACAAGUGUCCGAAAGCGCAGCUGCUGCCGUCGGCGUGGGAGUGCGGGUCGUUAUAAAGCAUCAGUACGCGAUACUUACCAUCGUUCCACGACUUGACGGACGCGCAGGUGGGAUCGAGACGUGCCAAAGACGCGACUGGUUCGUCGACGAUACGUGAGGGGCCAGGUGUGUUGGCUCUGCGCGAGUUGCUGCUGGUUCAAAAAUAGAUUUUUCCCCGGCUGGUGAGUCGAUCGUGAUGCAGGUGUUCUUGCACGCGUCGGAGCAUUAAAUUCGAUCGCGGGACGGAAUCGAUCAACGCCGUUCAACGCGGAUUGGGUAGGAGAGAGCCAAUUUGCGCAGGGGUCCUGCAGUGCAAAGACGCCAUCGAGGGAGGCAAGAGCAAAAGGGGUUUUGCACAAUGCCGCGCAACGUCAUGACUAACGUAAUCCUUGAAAAUCCUGAUUACGCUAUCAGCGUCAUCGCGUAACGGGGGGCUGCGUUACCGCCGCGGCGCCGCGCAAAGGUUAGCAGCGAGCGGCGCGCGUCAAUCGAAGUCGCGCGCAACCACCACCACAGAGGCAGUAGCAGCAGCAGCAGCGCUCCUCCUCCUACUCGCGCGCUCGGAGCACAGCUGCCAGCAGCGGCGCGCGCCAAGCCGAGCCAGUCGACUGGGAACCUCAGCCGCGGCGAGACAGAGAAAGAGGAGGAGAGAGAGAGAGAGAGAGAGAGAGAGCGCGAGAGAGAACGAGAAAGAGAUAGCCGGAGCGAGUGUGUUGGUGUGUGAAUGAACCGCGCGCUCGGCCGGCUCGCCGCGUGGCUCUCUGUCAAAGUUUCAGCUCACAACAAAGUGCCGCGCGCCGACGAGAUAAGCGGGUGUGCAGCGUGCGCGGGUUCUACUCUGCGGUUAUUGUGUCCAAGCGUCCGCGUAGAGAUCUGCAACAAGUGCGCGCCGACUGUCCCCGUGUGUGAUAUGGGUCUGCCCGUCCGCAGCAGCGAUGUCUAAGAGCUUCAGCCAGCCGAUCUCAGCUGGGAGCGGAUUCUACAGGGCGGACUUCUCCGCGCUCGAUUGAUCGGCCGUCGGCGGUUGCGAAGAUCGAAAAUGACGGAAAUGGCCAAGGAGGCGUUCGCCUCGCGAAACUACCGGCUCGCCCUCGAGAUGUACGAGCGCUGCCUCAAGCAGCAGGGCCCGAACUUCGAGGUGCUCUUCGGCUACGGCGACUCGCUCGCCCGCUGCGGCCGGAUCCGCGAGUCCGUCGACGUCUACUCGCACUGCCUGGCCCUCGGCAACGUGCCCUCCGACAAGCUGCGGCACUUCGUCAACGCUCUGCUCGAGGAGCUUGGCAUCCCGUCCAGCCCCGGCGCAGCGGCCGGCGGCAAACAGCAGCAGUCGUUCGCCUGCCCGCGCUGCGAGGGUGCCAUGUGCCAGCCGGUGACGCUCGACUGCGGCCACACCUUCUGCCGGGCCUGCCUCGUCGACGAGCUCAGCUGUCGGGUCUGCGGGCAGAAGAGGCUCUCCGACGACGAACUGCUCGCCCGGCCCGAGACCAACGUGCUCGUGCAGAGGCUAGUGGAGAAGUGGUGGCCCCGUGAGGCCGAGGCCAGCGCGGCCAGGCACGAGGCCGACGCGCUCAUGAAGAAGGGACUGCUCAGCCAGGCGCUCGAGAGAUACGACCUCGCCGUGCAACUAGCCCCCAACAGUCCACUGCACCUCAGCAACAGGGCCCACGCGUUGCUCCUGCUGAAUCGGCCGCAGGCCUCCCUCGCCGAUGCUGAUCAUGCAGUUCGAGUGCGCCCGGACUGGGGCAAGGGUCACUAUCAGAGAGGCCUAGCCUUAUCCGCACUGAUGAGGAACGAGGAGGCACUUCUCGCUCUCUGCACGAGCGCGGUCAUCGACAAGAACCCCCAAGCCGUCCGGCACGAACUCACAAGGGUACUGCACCGAGUGCUAGCGGUGAACGUUCGCCGGCAGAACGGUGCGAGCUUCCGCACACCGUACGACCUCGUGGAGGUGCGCAUGAGGCGGAACCGCCACCACCUACUGCUGCCUCUGAUAAGCUCGGGACACCGGAACCAUCGGAGGAGCCCCAAUGGAGGAGGCGGUGGCAAUGCCCUCAACACUUCCGACUGCGAGGACAACAGCAGCGGCGGAGAGGAGGAGUUCUCACAGUCGUUCUGUCGGAGAUUGCUUUCCAGUACGACGCCGCAGGAUAAUUCGAAACUGUACGCCACGUUGGACCGGCUAUAUCAAGAAGUUGAAAAGUUGAAAAGGGUGGAAGCGAAACCAGCGGAGAUCCUGUUGCCGCCGCCAAACGGUAGUGCAGCGGGUGGCGACCUGGACUGCAUCCUUUGCUGUAGACUGCUGUACAAGCCGGUGACGACACCCUGUGGACACACCUACUGCUGGAUGUGCCUGGAUCGCUGUCUCGACUACUCGUCCGCCUGUCCGCUCUGCGUCACCUCGCUCGCCGAUUACCUGGCGAGCAGCCAGAAAACGGUGACAGAGUUCGUGGAGCGGGCGCUCAAGAUCGCAGCGCCGAAGGAGUACGCGGCCCGCUCUGCCAGCCACCGGCACGAGCUAGUCCAGAAUGACGCAGCCGAGGAGGCGGCCGCAAACGAGAGCGAGAGGAUCGCCGUCUUCGUCUGCACGACAGCCUUCCCCUGCGUCGCCUGUCCGCUCUUCGUCUACGAGCCGCGCUACAGGCUCAUGGUGCGCAGGUGCCUCGACAGCGGGGUCAGGCAGUUCGGCAUCGCGGCUUGUCUGAACCGCGAGGCCACUGGCGCCAAGAGGUACGCCGAGUACGGAACCAUGCUGGAGAUCAGGGACAGAGUCUUGCUAAAGGACGGCUGCAGCAUACUGAGUACCGUCGGGGCCAGGAGGUUUCGCGUCCUGUCGGGCGGAGAAAGGGACGGCUACGACACUGCUCAGGUGGAGUUCCUGCGGGACACUCCGAUUCCAGCUGACCAGCUGCUCAACGUAGCCGAGUUACAUAAUAAGGUACGAGCGAAAAGCCGGAGAUGGUGGGUGACGGUGCCGGCCUCGCAGCGUUCGGAGAUCCGCCGAGUGUUCGGCGAAAUGCCGGAGCCCGAGGACGACUGGCUGCGGUUGCCCGACGGGCCCUCCUGGACGUGGUGGCUGCUGGCCAUCCUGCCGCUGGGUCCCCAGCUCCAGGUCGGCAUUCUGGGCACGACGAGCCUGGAGAAGCGACUGCGCGCCAUCGAGAAGACCCUCGACCACAUGGAGCAGCGCCAGCUGAGCGUCGGACCCGCGGCCUCCGAGGAGACAACGCAGUCGAGCAGCAUCUGCCGGGAUGCGUCGGGCCGUGGGACCAUGAUGGACGACGAGGAGGCCGACAGCAGAACGGCCGGCAGUGCCAGGACGGCGGCCGUCUCGGUCGUUCAGCACACGUAGGCCGACUGCAGCGGAGCCUCGAACUGAAUAAACUCCGAGGGACACUUGCACGACCGGCCAGGACUGAUUAUGCACGUGAAACGGAGACUUGCGUCGCCCGCUGAGAUGUCCCGCGUGCGCUUUCCUACUUCGCUGUGACAUGCGUGCGUACGCGCAUCUGAUUUAUAUAAACACGAAAGUCUGAAUGGAUUAUUUAAGAGACACACGAGGUUCGCGUGGCGAGAGCUCUUUGACGCGGCGGAGGUGUAGAAUUAGAGUUGAGCAUUACCGUAUACUCAGAACUGAGCCGAGAGAGGAACGACGAUCCCUGUUUUGUCGCAGUUUUUUACUAUCAGAAUUUCAAUAUUUGCCUUUGUUGUGCUGAUAACGAUUUUAUUG